CCCAACGACGACCAGCCGUGGGCGGAGUUCUACACGAAUAACUUGUGGGUGGUUGGCUUUCUCAUCCUGACGCUCCUGCUGUUCCUUGUCCUGAGCUUGUUCGAGAGGAGAUGGAAAAAGAGGGCAAAGACUGACCAGCAUCACUCCGAGGUCAUGCAG